AUGUUGGGGCCCCUGAUUGCAAUAGAGGUGUGGGUGAGACGGAGAAUGGCACUACGCCUGAAGAAGUGGUUAUUCCCAACGUCACACCAUCUUCUCCAAGGAGUUUACACCUUUGCUCCCUCUGCUGGCUUCCCCAGCACUUCCUUCUACCCUACAGGGUCACGGGGCGCGGUGGGCCGCGACAGGAAGGGAGGCCCGGUGCCCGGGGCCGCGAGUCCGGCGGGCCGGCAGGGCCCUCCCUACGCCCCGGCCUCGGCCUGGGCCUCAGGCCGGGGGAAGACCGGCGCCCCGAGUGCAGGCGAGCGCGGAGGAGCAGUCUUUCUGGGGGCCGACGCCCGACACCGCUUCCGGGCGGGCAGCACGCGGGGCGGCGGGGUGGGAAGUGAGGCCGGGCGCAGGCCUGUGCGGGCGGCGGCUGGCGUCGGCACCGGGAAAGGGGUGCAGCGGAUCCCGCCUCCCGGAGCCCCUCCCUCCCGCCUCUCCUCUGCGUCCCGCCCUCCACGUCCCCGCGCGGCCCCGGGGCCCGCGCCCUCCCCUGGCCCGCCCGCCGGCCGCCCGUUCCUCACCUGCGCGCCGCCCGCCGCCAGCCGCUCCGGCCGCCGCGCUUCCGCUGCGCCCGCUCCGCCGGGUCCUGGCGCCGCCGCCACCACGGCGCCGCUGCUCCGCCUCUCGGGGCGCUCGGCCGGCUGGUGGAGCUCUGGGAGGCCAGUGGCGGGCCCCUGCUCGGAACCGCCCCCCACCGCAGCCCGGAGCCGUAGUCCAGGCGGGCGUCCCGUCCCCCCCGUCCCCCGCCGCCUUCCGCCGACUGCCCGCCCCCUCCGCUCCGGAGCGCCGCCCCGGAGCGCGACCCCCGACCCGGGUCCAAGAACCGCCCUCCCUCCAGCCAUGCGCUUCAUCGCGGGUCCGCGGCUCCCCCUGUGGCCUGGGCUGUGCCUCAGGGGUCACCUGUCCCCUCAGAGUCACUGAGGAGUGACCGUGUAAGGCAGACGCAGAAGGACCGCCACUGUAACUGACUCAGGCUCCUCUGAAUUCUCUACCCUUGGACCUGCAUCACCCAGUUGUUAGCCAGAACCCUCUUAAGUCUCCUUAGCCAGAAUCCCCUCGUCUCUACAUCAGAUCACCCUCCAUAUCUGACCAAGUACCUCAUUCCCCACGAUCACCCCCCUCACCCCCCCCCCCCCCCCCAGCACCUCCGGUGCUAGCCCAUCGCCCUGGCUGCCUUCAGCGAGAAUCCUGUUCGGUCGGUUGAGCAAAGAUUGACUAUCCAGUUAGUGAUUUUCCAUCCCCCGUCCCCGCCCCCACCUGCUCCUUGACUCUGAAUCCCCACUUGUCCAUGCUGUAUUUUCAAGUGACCCUGCUUCUAUACCGAGGCUUCUUUUCCCCUGUUGCAAAGUCCUGAAUAAAUCUCUUCUUCACUGUUCUAA